AUGUCCAGUCUUUCAUUGAUCGAUUCCGUCAUCGACGACGACGAUGAGUUUUGCCCCCUGUGCAUUGAAGAGUUCGAUCUCUCCGAUAAGAAUUUCAAACCGUGUCCUUGUGGAUAUCAGAUUUGCCAAUUCUGCUACAACAACAUUAAGACGCAGAAUGAAGAAGGCCGAUGCCCCAACUGUCGGCGCGGAUACGACGAAAGUACCAUCCAGUACAAGAUUCCCGACGUUGAGGAGUUCAAGGCAGAUCUCGCACUGAAACAUCGCAAAGCAGCUGCUGCGAAAAAGAAGGAAGCCGAAAAGCGUGAAAUCGAAGCCUCCAGCCGGAAGAACUUGGCCGGUGUCCGUGUUGUCCAAAAGAACUUGGUCUACGUUAUCGGCCUCAACCCUACGAUCCGAGACGAAAAUCAACUCCUUCAAACGCUUCGUGGACGGGAAUAUUUCGGUCAAUAUGGCGAGAUUGAAAAGAUCGUGGUCAGCAAGGCUAAGCCCGGUGGUAACCCCAACCAGGGAAUUGGUGUUUAUGUGACUUUCUCGCGCAAAAUUGAUGCUGCGAUGUGCAUCAACGCCGUGGACGGUUCUGGGAACGGCGAUCGGGUGCUCAGGGCGCAAUACGGAACAACCAAAUAUUGCUCAUCCUUCCUUCGCAAUGAGCAAUGCAAUAAUCGGAACUGCACUUUCUUGCACGAGACUGGGGAGGACAGCGACAGCUACAGCCGCCAGGACCUCUCAUCUAUGAACUCCAUAUCCACUCAACGCCCAAAUCUCCCACCUACCCCCUCUCACGUGAGGUCCGCUCAACCCAUCGCCCAUCCUAUGCGCCGGCAACCUAGCAAGGAUGAGUCGAUCAGUAGUCGCACCGGCAUACCAGAUGGCCCGGCUCUCCCGUCAACUGCAAGUUGGGCUAACAAAGAUGCUGCUAUUCACCGAACCAGAAGGACUAGUCUCACGGGUAGCCAAGCCUCCAACAAUAGCCCACGGCCCGCAAGUGCCAAUGUUGCGACACUAGUCGAAGAACCGAAACGACCAGAGAAGCCAUCGCCGAUUUCUCAAGAAGCCCCACAAUCAAUUUCUCAAGUCGAUCCCCGAUCUCCCGCCGCGCCACCACGUCCCCGUCGGGGGACUCAACCUCCCAAGCUGCCAUCACCGUUUGACGGCUUGCUCAAGGAUAUGAACUCGGCGGAUUUCAAGUUUUCCUUCAGCACGGCUGAACUGAGUGCCGAAGAGGUCAAGUUGAUUAAGGAUUACCCAUCUUUCAUCGAUCCAUAUGGCGGGGUCAAGCGCAGAGCAAUGCGAGAGAAAGUCGAACAAGAGCGUCUUAGCCGCGAGCACGAGUUGCUUCAAUCCGUUGCAGCUGAAGAGGAUAACCGUGAAGCUGGUAGCCUCCAGCUAGGUGGUGAGCCAGAAGAAAUCAAUCCCCCGCGCAGUCGCCAGACGCGCGAGUCUCAUGGGGCUAUCCAGCCGCCCUCGCAGCAGGACACGGCGGAUAACUCAACUGUUGGAUCCCCAGUUUCUGCGACUAGCCAUCAAUUCCAAGGCCUGAACCUCGCUGGACGAAGCUUAACUCCCUUGCAGCAACAGCAGUUGAUGUUACUCAAGUCCGCCGGUAAUCAACAAGCUGGCCUGGCUGACCCUCUCGGCUCUGCCGCUCUGGACCAAGCCGCCCAUGUCCGCCAAGGCCUUGUCCACAAUCAGAUGGCACAGUUCAAUGCGCUGCAGGCAGCACAGAACCGACAGUCUUCCCGAUUUUCCUUCGCCAAUGAGGCCGGUUCUAAGAAUAUUCCUAACGCGCGCAUGUUGGGCCAGAUGCAAUCUUCUUCUCCCAACCCUCUUUCUGCUCCUAGCCCUCAACAUAGUCUUGCAGCAAGUGGCUUCUAUGCUAGCGGAGUGCAGGGUCCCCCACCGGGACUGAAGACGGCUGGUACCCCUCCGAUUAGUGGUGGUGGAAUGUUCGCCCAAGGACAUGGCUUCACCUCUGGGCUUGGUGGUAAUGGAGGAAAGCAAGAUCCAACUCCGGAGUUAAUGCGAGAGCUACUGCGUGGACGAAAUGGUACGAAUGUUAGUGGUUUACAGGGCCAGGAGGCGGCUAAGCGUGAGUUCAUGUUCCCUUUUCUUCAACAGCACAAUACCCCACCCCCUAUGACUCCUGUCAAUGGCCUUCUCAGCUCCUUCUAUGGGCACCAAGCGGGCGUGAUGCCUGAUUCCGGUGGCCCACAGAAGCAGAAGAAGAAGGGGAAGAAGCACAGACACGCUAACACUUCCUCCGGUGGAGGUGGUGUAGUAGAUCUUGCGGACCCGAGCAUUUUGCAGGCGAGGAUGCAUCAAGUCGGCGCGAAUGCUACUGCUGGGCAAGCGUUGUACGGGAGUCAGGGCCAAGGUGGGUACAACCCCUCCAUGGUGUACGGUGGUGGCAUCAGUCGGUGGUGA